AUGGGCAGAUGCUGCAAGUGGAGGAUCUUUCUUAGACAGGGAGUGCAGGAAAUUGAUAAUGGUGCAGUUGAUGGAAAGAGGAUAGAUGAAAGAUUGAAUAAGCUAGAAAGCAAACUUGACGAGAUUGCAAGUUUGUUUAAAACCUCAACUCCACAAAUUGCUAAGAAGUGUGGAAUUUGCAUUUCAACUAACCAUUAUAUUGAUAAAUGUCCUAGCUUGGUGGAAACCACUGUGGAAAACCCAUCUCAAGCUUUUGCUACAAACAUGAUUGAAGGAAAUAGACCAUACCAAAAUUAUCAUGAUUCGUCCUCCAAUAGAUAUCAGCAAAACAAACAACCUUAUGUUCCACCUCAACGAAGGCAACAAUCUGAGCCUGAAAUGUCAAUGCAAGAUUUCAUGAAGACAAUACUUGAGCAAAAUUCAGAAAUCAAGAAAUCAAUUGUAGAGUUGACUCAGAGGGUGGAAAAAUUAGAGGCUAAGGAGUCAAAUAAAUUACCUGCACAAACAGUGAUCAACCCGCAAAAUUUAAGUGCUAUUAUUUUGAGAAUGGGUAAGCAAGUAGAAGGCCCUGAAGGAGCCCAAGAGGAUGAAGAUAAGGAGAAAGAAGGAGCGCAAAUUGAUGACAAUAGAGGAUCAAGUGAACCAUCACCUGAGACUACCACUGAUAAAUCCAGGUUAGUACCCUCUAACUCUUCUUCUAAAACUUCUUCUUCUUCUUAUUCUCCACCUCCUCCAUAUCCAAAUCGGUUGAAGCCGAGAAACAAAAAAAUGGAGGAAUUAGACCAAGAGAUUUUAAAUAUUUUCAAAAAGGUGGAGAUCAAUAUUCCUUUGCUAGAUGUUGUUAAGCAAAUUCCUAAAUAUGUCAAGUUUUUGAAAGAAAUUUGCACAAAUAGAAGGAGUUUUAGGGAUAAUGAGGUUGUGAAUUUGAGAAGAAAUGUGUCAAGUUUGAUUAAGAAGCAUAUUGAAAUACCGCGAAAAUGCAAGGAUCCAAGUACAUGUUUGGAGGCAACAAGCCAUAUCAGCAACACAAACAACCUUAUGUUCUACCUCAGCAAAGGCAACAAUUCCAAACUGAAAUGUCACUAG